UCUCCAUUCCCAUAACUUUUUCUCUCUUCUUAUCACAUCAACCAAAUCAUGAGGAGCAUUUGUGUUGUGCUUGUUAUCUCUUUGCCUUUCCUUCUCGGCAUUGCCCAGGGUUUCGAUUUCCACGACAAGGAUUUAGCGUCGGAGGAUAGUUUGUGGGAUCUAUACGAGCGCUGGCGGAGCCACCACACGGUUUCCAGGAGUCUCGACGAGAAACACCGGAGGUUCAAUGUGUUCAAGCAGAAUGUUUUGCAUGUUCACAACACCAACAACAAGGACAAACCUUACAAGUUGAAGAUCAACAAGUUUGCUGAUAUGACCAACCACGAAUUUAGGAAUGCUUACGCUAGUUCCAAGAUUAAACAUCAUAAGAUGUUCCAAGGAAAGUCCCGUGGCGCCGGGAGUUUCAUGUACGAGAACGUCGACCGUGUCCCGCCGUCCGUUGAUUGGCGACAGAAAGGUGCCGUCACUGCUGUUAAGGAUCAAGGCCAGUGUGGUAGUUGCUGGGCAUUUUCAACAGUUGUAGCAGUUGAGGGAAUCAAUCAAAUUAAAACCAAUAAAUUAGUAUCAUUAUCGGAGCAAGAAUUGAUAGAUUGCGACACUGAAGAAAACCAAGGUUGCAAUGGUGGUUUAAUGGACAUUGCAUUCGAUUUCAUUAAGAAGAAAGGUGGGAUCACUACUGAGUCCAAUUACCCUUACCAAGCUAAUGAUGGAAGUUGCGAUGCUGCCAAGGUGAAUUCUCCGGCAGUGGCUAUCGAUGGGCACGAGAAUGUGCCAGCUAACGACGAGGAUGCUCUGCUUAAAGCUGUUGCAAACCAGCCGGUUUCAGUGGCUAUUGAUGCUGGGAGUAUGGAUUUCCAGUUCUACUCCGAGGGGGUAUUCACGGGAGAAUGUGGGACAGAGCUGAACCAUGGGGUAGCAGCAGUGGGGUAUGGAACAACCUUGGAUGGAACCAAGUACUGGAUAGUGAAGAACUCAUGGGGAGCGGAAUGGGGUGAGAAAGGUUACAUAAGGAUGGAACGUGGGAUCAGAGACAAACAAGGACUGUGUGGUAUAGCAAUGGAGGCUUCAUAUCCCAUCAAGAACUCAUCCUCUAAUCCUACUGGACCUUCAUAUUCUCCCAAGGAUGAACUCUAAACAUAAAUUAUAGCUUUCCUUUCAAAUGUGUUGUUUUUUCUGUGUUUCCAAAAGUUGUAUCACGCAACAUAUGAUCAUGAUUGAAUAAUCAAUAAUAUACUUCAAUUUGGUUUCAA